ACAAUUUUUUUCUCCUGAGUGCCAUUUUCCCAGGGUACUCACCGAACACUCGGGUGUGACUGUAAUGGCUGCACUGAGCUGUCUCUUGGACAGUGUUAGAAGGGACAUUAAGAAGGUGGACAGAGAACUGAGGCAAUUGAGGUGCAUCGACGAAAUUAGCUCUCGAUGCCUGUGCGACUUGUACAUGCACCCGUAUUGCUGUUGCGACUUGCACCCAUAUCCGUACUGCAUGUGCUAUUCAAAGCGAUCACGUUCGUGUGGCCUGUGCGAUGUCUAUCCGUGUUGCCUGUGUGAUUACAAGCUGUACUGUCUUCGACCAUCUCUCAGAAGUUUGGAGAGGAAAGCCAUUAGAGCCAUAGAGGAUGAAAAGAGAGAACUCGCCAAAAUAAGAAGAACCACCAAUAGAAUCCUGGCUUCCUCUUGCUGUAGCAGUAAUGUUCUAGGAGCAGUGAACGUGUGCGGCUUUGAGCCUGAUCAAGUGAAAGUUCGAGUCAAGGAUGGCAAGGUGUGCGUGUCGGCGGAGCGGGAGAAUAGGUACGACUGCCUGGGGUCGAAGAAGUACAGCUACAUGAACAUCUGCAAAGAGUUCAGCUUGCCCCCCUGCGUGGAUGAGAAGGACGUUACAUACUCCUACGGGCUGGGCAGCUGCGUCAAGAUCGAGUCUCCUUGCUACCCUUGUGCUUCCCCCUGCAGCCCCUGCAACCCCUGCAACCCCUGCAACCCCUGCAGCCCCUGCAGCGCCUGCAGCCCCUGCAGCCCCUGCAGCCCGUGCGACCCCUGCAACCCGUGCUAUCCCUGCGGAAGCCGCUUCUCCUGUAGGAAGAUGAUCUUGUAAGGUGUGCACCCCAUGGACUUAAUCUAGACAUCAGUGGUAUUUCAGGCAGGCGGCUCUUCUAGGAUUUCUCCCCCUUCUAGGAUUAUUUCAGCCCCCAUUGCCCUUGUUGUUCAUGUACAUAGGAAACUAAAUACAUAACUGAGCAUC